GUGGUGGUUCUAUGAGGACGGGAAAGGAAAGCCAGGGACAAUAUGGGAAGAUCGCGAUCACGUGGGUGCAGUAUCUAGAUCUGGAGAUUGCGCAGUCUGCACCCGGUUUGCACGGCGAGUUGGCGACCCUCAGGCUUGCUUGCUGUGUAGCGCGUACUUGGGCAGAACGCCUCCCUUCGUCAAUUCAUUGCACCGAAUGCGUCAAGUUUUGUCUACUGCCGCUGCAUCCAGGCGGUGAGUGAGGCGUAGUGAACCAAGUCCUCAGCUUUGCCAUCAUAUAACCCGUAUGACAUGAACGCCAGUGUGGCGAUGCCGGGGCGGUGUUCCUAUAUAAGGUCGGAGACCGGUCCUGCGCUCCUCCUGGUCGCCCUCUCGGCCAGUGACGACUAGACUUUCAUUUUCUCCUUCUCAGGGCCGAGCCCUCUUUUUCUUCGGUUUACUCCUUCGGUCGGUCUUGAUGGCUGCUUUUAACGUUUCGCGGCGCCUCUGCUUCUUCGCGUUCAACGGCACCGGUGUCUGGCUCUACGGUGGUCUCAGGUCGAACUAUGGUUCCUAUCAGGGAAGCGCGAAGUCAACACAAACACAGUUGAAGCAUGUCUUGUGCGGGAUUUCGGGUCUGCAGAUGGGAAAGCACAUGGUCACUCUGACGAACGAGGGGGGAGGGCCGUCGACAUUGACAGCGUUGUCUUUCAAACGAGGCUCCGUUACAACCACCAAGAUCGACGACGCCAGUUCUAAUGUCAAGUACGGGCCCAAGUCCACCGAUUGGAGCCUGACGAAUGGAACCAGCUACUACGACAAGACCUUGCACUAUUCCACCACGAAUGGAGCGUACGCAUCGCUGUCGUUCACCGGAAACGCUGUGGCUAUCUAUGGCACUGUCGACCCGCAGCAUGCCAAUUAUACUGUCACUUUGGACGGUGCGAAGUCGCAGCAAUUCAAGGCCAGCAACGCUCGUAUAUUCCACACUCAGUACUUCGCCCAGGGGCUCGAGUCGAAGCAACACACCAUCACGCUGACUGGGAGCGUAGGGACCAACGCCGACCAGUACUUCGACCUUGACUCCUUCGCUGUGUACAGCGCCACCCCAAACGCCACCUCCACCACUAGCUCUAGUGGUGCCCCUUCCUCCACGGCUACCAUGAACUCUACGAACAACAGCGCUUCAAACAAUGGGACGGUUAGCGCGAAUACGUCGAACGGCUCCUCCCUGUCUCAAGGCUCUCUCAUUGGCAUCAUCGUUGGCACCAUUGCCGCUCUCCUGCUCCUGCUCCUUGCUCUGUUCUUCUAUCUGCAACCCCCGGACCUCGAAGCAGCAUACGACUAUGCCCUCCGUGAGAAGGAGCUCUCCCCAGAGGACUUGCGACCAUCCAUUGACAUGCUUGGUCGGCCAACGGAGGACUACUACGGGCCGAAGACCGUCACGGCGAAACUGGUAGCGUUCCCUCUCCGGCUGGCGUCGCACGACUCGGAUAGGACGCUGCGCGACGAGAAGCAGCCGCCAUCGCGGAAGGCGAGCAGGCCCGACGAGGUGCCGAUGCUGGUCGUGCACAACCCUCCGCCCGAGAGCGGUCACGCACGCAUUCCGUCGGACACGUCGACAGUCGUUAAUGACGAGGUGGACGCGGGACUUUCCGAGAUCAUCCUCAGUCCGUCGAAAUCACAACGGAGGCCGCCGGCGUCGCCAAGGAGUGCUCGUCCAAGACCCAACCGGGAGGAGCUAAGGGCGACCCAGUACAGUGCUCUCUCAUACUACUAUCACGAUUCGUAACAUGGCAACUGUCCAUUUGCUGUGCGCGUUUUGUUGUUGCUAUCUGUCCAACUCUAAACUGUCUUUGUGCGGCUCCUUAGGCUCUUGACAUACCCACCAUUAGUGGGACGGGAUGCUCUCUGAGAGGCAUGCUCUGUUGUUCGUCGUCCAGCGCUCCUGAUGGACGUAGUUGACUGCAGCACCACACGGUGUAUGGGCUUUCCCAGUGGUCGCGGACAAGUACAUGCCACAGACAGCGGUGGACAGUGCCUUGCGCCUUGCUCCCAGUGC